AUGGAGUCAAGUGGCACUCCCAAUGUGGUGACUGCACCAUCUGCAGGAGAUUUAAUCCUGCAGCAAAAAACACAGGCUAUCCAAAAUGCCCAACAGUCGGCUCAAAAUGGCGACGGUGGUAUUUUCUCUCAACUUACAAGCAAUCCCUUAUUCACAGCAGGAUUUGGCCUUGCGGGUCUAGGAGCAGGUCUCACCUUCGCCCAAAAAGGAGUCCGCCAGGGUGCAGCUUUAUUACGCCGGCGCAUGCUGGUUGAUGUCGAGAUCAGCAUCAAAGAUGAUUCAUACCCAUGGUUCCUACACUGGAUGACCCUCUAUCAGCAAUCGCAAGUUGGUGCAGCCCGUGCGACCGCCACGAACUCUGGCUUCAUCGAUCGCAUGCUCCAAAAAAUGACACCCGGAAUGCGCCAUCUCUCAAUCCAAACCCAGAAAGUCGAACACUCCAACGGCGCGAUUCAUACCCACUUUUCCCUCGUUCCUGGACCUGGAAAGCAUGUCCUUCGCUAUAAAAAUGCAUUUAUCUUCGUCAAUCGCGUCCGUGAAUCCAAGUCCCGCGAUAUCCAGACCGGAAAACCAUGGGAGACGAUCACUUUAACGACUCUUUACUCUCAUCGCCAUAUCUUCGAGGAUCUUUUCACCGAAGCUCACGCUUACGCUGCCAAGUCACAUGAAGGGAAAACAACAAUCUAUAAUUCUUGGGGUACGGAGUGGAAACCAUUUGGCAACCCCCGACGGAAGCGUCCACUCGAGUCAGUGGUUCUUGCUGAGGGUGUCAAGGAGCGGAUUGUGAAGGAUGUGCAAGAUUUCAUCUCGAGUGCCUCCUGGUAUAACGACCGAGGUAUUCCUUAUCGACGAGGUUAUCUGUUGUAUGGACCUCCCGGAACUGGCAAGAGUUCUUUUAUUCAAGCGCUAGCUGGUGAACUCGAUUACGAUAUUGCGAUCCUGAAUCUUAGUGAGCGUGGACUGACCGAUGACCGGCUAAAUCAUCUCCUGACUAUUGUUCCUAAUCGGACAUUGGUUUUACUGGAGGAUGUAGAUGCCGCUUUCUCGAAUCGCCGUACGCAAUCUGAUGCAGACGGAUAUCGGGGAGCCAACGUCACGUUCUCUGGGUUACUGAAUGCGAUGGACGGAGUGGCUAGCGCCGAGGAACGAAUUAUCUUCCUCACUACCAAUCAUGUUGAGCGGCUUGACGAAGCCUUGGUUCGACCAGGGCGCGUAGAUAUGACUGUCCGUCUUGGCGAGGUAUCACGUUAUCAAGUCGGCCGUCUCUGGGAUCGAUUCUAUGAAGACAUUGACACCAAUGGGUCGCACCGAAAGAUUUUCCUCGACCGGCUUCAAGACUUUGGCUUGAUCGAGGAUGAGAAUGGUUAUAAGGCCGAUCGCUCUCGAAACACUAGUGCGGCAUCUCUGCAAGGUCUCUUCUUGUAUAACAAGGGCGAUAUGGAGGGCGCGAUUGCUAUGGCCGAGGGACUUACCUAUUCGGUGCAUGAUGAAGCAAUGGAACACAACGGCCCUCAGUGA